UUCAUCAGAGCCAUAAUUGUAUUAUGUCGAUGAACGCAUGCGCAUGCGCAUACGCCGUGACAGCAAGGCCUCUAAAUCGAUAGUCGAGUGAAUCAACGGCGCCUCCCAAAUAUCACAAUGGCAGAUAAACAGAAUGCUCAGAAAAGCAGUGUCAAAAUAGCCGCAGGAGCCGUAGUUUGUGUUGAAAGUGAAAUUCGAGGAGAUGUCACCAUAGGCCCCAGGACAGUAGUCCACCCAAAAGCACGUAUCAUUGCAGAGGCAGGGCCCAUCGUGAUUGGAGAAGGCAAUUUAAUCGAGGAGCAAGCUCUGAUAAUUAAUGGUUACCCAGAAAACAUCACACCAGAGUCUGAGGUGGAACCAAAGACGAUGACCAUUGGCAUGAACAAUGUAUUUGAAGUUGGCUGUGUAUCACAAGCCCUGAAAAUUGGGGACAACAACGUGAUUGAAUCCAAAGCUGACGUCGGUAGGAAUGUGAUCCUGACCAGUGGCUGUAUCAUUGGAGCUUUCUGCCAGGUUAACACCUGUGAAGUCAUACCUGAGAACACGGUCAUCUACGGCUCUGGAUGUAUGAGGCGGGUUCAGACGGAGAGACCACAGCCCCAGACUCUUCAGCUCGACUUUCUGAUGAAGAUUUUGCCAAACUACCACCAUUUGAAGAAAACUGUUAAAGCUGGUCACAAUGCUAGCUAAGAAUUAAAAACAAUUGGAUUGUAAACUGCUAUCAAACUCAUAUUUAAAUAUAUCUUUCUGGCAGGAAGCAUGAAUGUAUAUAGUUAUAUAAUAUGUACCUAGCUUCAUCAGUACUUUUUCUCACUUACUGAUAUAUUUUCUAAUCUAACCCUAACAGCUGAUUAAGCAUUUAAUCUUUAUCUUGCUGUGCUGAUGUAUCCUUUUCUAUGAUUAAUUAAAUAACCUAAAAAAAUGCUGCUGUGUGCUUCAAACGUUUAUGAUCAGUGUUUACCAGUAAUGUCAGUGUAUUUUCAGUGUAUAUCCACAUUUAGAAAAAAAGGAGGAAAAUACAUACAAUUAAUAAAAAAUGGCAGCCAACUGAUCUAAUAAAGGUCAUCACUGCAGCGCGUGUAAAUCAAGCAACGAGGCGGUAUCCAGUAACAGUGUAUUUAUUAAAAUAAGUUCAAAAAAGUAUUUUAAACCACAAUGCUGCAAAGUGAAAGAAUGUAAAUGCUUUGGAAAGCCACAAGAAGUAAUGUCCAAGAUGUUUCAUGAUUGAGACCUCAAUGUGACGCACUGCACAACACAAGCCUGUCCCGCUG